AUCGAAAUGGCAGAAGGUGGGUAAACACGGAGGAGGAGGCAACAGCAAAUCAGAAGCACAUGUAGAUGGCAGUGAGGACCAUGAUAGCUCUCCAAGCCCAGAGGAGAACACACAGGACUCCAUUUCCCAAAGGAUGGAGCACAUUCUCAAGUCAUUUCAGGACUUUGCAGUAUCAGACGAAGCUCCCCCACAGGUUCUUGAGGAGGUUAGCUUUGAAGGUAUUGUCAAGUACAUCAAGAGUGGCAAGUGCAAGAAUAUAAUAACUAUGACUGGAGCAGGAAUAUCCACAUCUGCUGGGAUUCCAGAUUUCCGUAGUCCUGGUACAGGACUUUAUGACAACCUACAGAAGUAUGAUCUACCAUCACCUCAAGCAAUAUUUGAAAUAGGCUAUUUCAAAGAAAACCCAGUUCCUUUCUUCACACUUGCCAGAGAACUAUGGCCAGGAUCAUUCAAGCCAACUCCAUGCCAUUAUUUUUUGAGACUGCUGCAUGAAAAGGAUCUUCUUUUGAGGGCAUUCACACAGAACAUCGACACACUGGAGCGUGUGGCGGGUGUUCCGGAGGAGAAGUUGGUGGAGGCUCAUGGGACAUUUGCCACAUCACACUGUGUGGACUGUCGACAGAAAUACUCCCAAGAAUGGAUUAAAGAGAAAAUCUUUGCUGGCAAAGACUCAGUACCAACAUGUGAAAAGGAAGACUGUAAUGGACUUGUGAAACCAGAUAUUGUUUUCUUCGGUGAAAGUCUACCAUCUUUGUUUAUUGAAAGGGUUGGAAAGGAUUUGCCUAAAUGUGAUCUCCUGAUUGUCAUGGGAACCUCAUUGAAGGUGCAGCCAUUUGCUUCCCUGGUCUCAAGAGUGGAUCCUAGUUGUCCAAGACUACUUAUUAAUCUAGAGUCUCCACCAUGUGGGGGAGAUCCAUUUAUGUUACUGUUCGGACUCGGUACAGAUUUUGAUUUCGAAAGUGAACGUAAAUACAGGGAUGUGUUUAAACAGACUACCUGUGAUGAAGGCUGUUUUGAGCUGGCUGACCAGCUGGGUUGGGGGGAAGAGCUAAGAACCCUUGUGAAAAGUGAACAUGAACGUAUAGAUAAAAAGAAGACAAAUGUCACAGAGGAAGCACCAACCAAGUCAUCGUCUAAAUCACCUCAAAAAAAAUCUAAAUUUUGAAAAAAUUGCCUCAGUCUUCAGGGAAGAACUUUGUAUAUGGAAUUGAAUAACAUUAGUAAUGAUUACAGGCAUUGAUUAUGAGAAUCUGCCAAUUUGUGAAUAUCAUGAAUAUUUAUAUUAAUGUAUACCUUGCACAAGCGAAAUAUCAUAAUUAUUGAACUGUCAAAUGUAAAUCAUGUUGUAUUUUAUAAUUCCUAGAUACAUGUAGACAGUGAGGUGAAAAUAUACACAAAACACAUAAUGUGAUAUAAAAAUUUUGUCUUAUAAUUGUGGAAAUGUAACUACAAUGUAUUUGAUAGUCUUUGUGGGAGUUUUAUUUAAAUGGGGGCAGAGUAAUUGAGUAAUUUUUAUGAUUUUCUUGUAUUUUUAUUUUUUUUAAUUUGUUCAAGUAACUUUAAAUUUCAUUUUAUCGCAGUUUUUAUGUUUAAGCUCAAGGAAAUGUGUGCAUAUUUUGAUAAAUCAAAGCUGUCAAUUAAUGUGUGAUUGUUUUGCCAAUUACAGCUGAAAGUGGAGUAAUACCAAUUAAAUAACACCAAUCUUUAGUAAAAAUAGUAAAA